AUGGCAGCUUGUAAUGAGAGUAAAUUCUGCGACCAGUAUAUGUUGCUUAAGCCAGAAGAUGCAAGUUUAUUUGGUCUUGUUUGGUAUCUGCUUUUCUCUACAUCAAAUACAAGUGGCCAUGGAUUCAUCCAGUGCAAGGAAGAGCCAAAGCUGGAAGGUUUUUGGCGCCGAUGGUACAUAUUCAUCUCCCUCUUUGCACAGAAACUCCUCCUUUACUUGGGGAACCCAAUGGAUAAGAUAGGAAAAAUGCUGGAGCUGGGGCUGAAUCUUCUUUCAAAUGUCUUAAAAGGAAAUUUUGUGUGGCCGAAUAGGUCAUCAGCAAAGUUCACAUCUGUGGUGGGAAAUCUUGAUCAAAGAGUGGAAUUAGACAAAAACAUUAGACCUAGUGACCCAAAAUAUAAUGCAUCCCUCGCCAUGAUGGCCUCCAAAUUGGCAUACGAAAAUGAAGCAUUCAUUCAAAAGACAGUCAGAGAUCACUGGAGUAUGGAAUACUUGGGGUUCGACAACUUUUUCUGGAACGAUUACCUAGAACAACCUUCAACUAAAGCCAUGAUGUUCCAAGAUACAAGAGCUCAACCAAACCUGAUCGUGGUUGCAUUUAAGGGCACCAACCCAUUCGAUCCAGUAGCAUUGCGGACAGAUGUUGAUCUCUCGUGGAUUGAGAUUAAGGGGGUGGGUAAUGUUCAUAGUGGCUUUAUGAAAGCUCUGGGCCUGCAAAAGGACGACAAAGGCUGGCCUAAAGAAAUACAACAAGGAUCUAAACAAUUUGCUUACUACGUAAUCAGACAAAGGCUGAGAGACUUAUUGAAAGAGAAUAAGAGUGCGAAAUUUAUAUUAACGGGACACAGCUUGGGUGGAGCAUUAGCGGUUCUGUUUGUGACCGUUCUUGCAAUACAUGAGGAGACAUGGUUGUUGGAUAGGUUGGAGGGGGUGUACACAUUUGGGCAGCCAAGGGUGGGAAACAAGCAACUCGGGGAUUAUAUGAAGGAGAAGAUGGACAAGUAUGAUGUCAAGUAUUUGAGGUAUGUUUACUGCAAUGACAUGAUGCCUAGGAUCCCUUAUGAUGAUGAAGCUAAUCUCUUUUUUGAGCACUGGGGGCCUUGCGUCUACUACAAUAGCUUCUAUGAAGGAGAGGUUCGAUCGGUGGAGCCCAAUAAAAACUACUUCUCAUUAAAAUGGUCAAUACCGAAGUCUUUAAACGCAACGUGGGAACUGGUCCGGAGUUUGAUAAUCCCAUAUGCAAGGGGUCGAGAGUACAAGGAAAGUUGGUUGAUGACAAUCAUUAGGCUGGUUGGAUUGGUGAUUCCCGGAGUAGCAGCACAUUGUCCUCAAGAUUAUGUUAACGCUACCCGAAUGGGAUCCUUACCUCUAGAUCUCCUAAACCCAAUUCAUCAAAGAGAUAUUAAAAUUGACUGA